AGCAUCUGGAGACGGGAGCGAUGGCCGGAGGGCUGGGGAUCGCGGCCCUGCUCCUGCUGCCGUUGGCUCUGUGGGGCACGACGGCUGUGAAAGUGGGGCACACGGUCAUGCAGUCGGAGUUCUACCAGCGGGACGAGAGCAAGGAGCAGCAGGACAGCGAGUUCAUGUUCGACUUCGACGGGGACGAGAUACUCCACGUGGAUCACGACUACAAGGAGACCGUGUGGCGCCUGGAGGAGUUCGGGAAGUUCGCCUCCUUCAAGGCCCAGGGAGCUCUGCAGAACAUGGCCAUCGGCAAGCAGAACCUGGAGAUCUCCAUUGCCCACAGCAACAAGUCCCGGGCCACCAUCGUGCCGCCGGAGGUGUCGGUGUUCCCCAAGUACCGCGUGCAGCUGGAGGAGCCCAAUGUGCUGGUGUGCGCCGUGGACAGGCUGUGGCCGCCGGUGCUGACGGUGGCGUGGGAGCGGAACGGGCAGGCCGUGAGCGACGGCAUCUACAGGAGCGUGUUCUACCCGCGGGAGGACAACACCUACAGGCUCUUCUCCUACCUGACCUUCGUGCCCCAGCGCGGGGACCUCUACGUGUGCCGCGUGCGGCACAAGGAGAUCCCCGAAGAGUUCCAGAAGGAGUGGGAACCCAAGGUGCCCCCCGCUGCCUCUGAGACCACCCAGACCGUGGUGUGCGCCCUGGGCUUGGCCGUGGGCAUCGUGGGCAUCGUGGUGGGCACCAUCCUCAUCAUCAAGGCCAUGAAGAUGAACAACGCCCACAACCACAGGGGGGUCUUGUGAACCCCCAGCACCCCAAACCUGGCCCCUCCACACCCCUUUCCCCUUGCAGACCCCCAAGUGGAGACGAGGGGUGCCCUGCCCCACAGCUCCCCAUGGCACCCGCCCCCCUUCACCCUCCUCUUUGCUCCUCUCCUGUGCUGCCUGGUAACUGCAAUAAAGUGGGUUGGGGUUGAUCCCACCACGA